AUGGCCAGUCAUCGUUCCUACAAGGCCUCUUCGUACUUUACUACAGAUGGUAGUUUUGGUGGUCGCCGUGGUGGUACUACAAAACAUACUCAUACUCAUACAAAACCAUCAUAUCCUCCUCCUUCUACUACCUCAGAUGAAGAUAUUAUUGCAACUUUAAAAGAUCUUGCCUUACAGUCAAGAACUAAAGAGUUCACUAGUACUAGUAAUAGUAGUAGUACAAAUUCAUCUCCACGUUGUGGUACUCCCGGAACACAUGUUGAUGCAAUAUCUACGAGCACAUUCAACACUCCAAGUCGAAAAAGAAGCGAUCCAAUUCCAAUUACCAUUGAACAAUCUACAAGAACACGAGCUUAUACACCUUUGACAGGUCGUGGAGAAUUGCUAGGAGGAUACUUUCCAGGAUUCGCAGACCAAGACUCGGAAGCUCUUAAAUCAACAGUUCUACUCUCAACUUCACGUUCAAGAUAUUCACCAACGGAUUCACCAAUGGAUUCACCAUCUUCCGAUACUACUAUCCGUGGACCUCCUUCGAUAAUCAGCUCUCCAUUCACUUUGCCAGAAACUUUAGUGAUUCCGAAAGGAAAAUACUAUCCUUCAAACUACACACCAUCACCAACAUCUCCCAUCCCAAGUAUCCCUUCAUCGGUAUUAAAUGGCGGCAAUCUUCAGCUCCCUCCCAAAAAUCAACGUCAAAAAUCUACAAAUCCACAUCAUCAAAGACGAAGCUCAGACGUUAAACGAAAAUUACAAAAAUACCAAAGAGAUAUGAUUGAACAAGCACGUAUAGUACAUGCUGCAGUAACUUCUUCUCCCAGCGUAUCUACAUCAGGAGCCAAACCUAUCAGUCCUAGAUUACUUCCUCUGGGUAGUCCCGGUCCCAUUACACCCUUUGAACUGGAAGAAACUUCAGGAUAUUUGAUUGCAGGUCAAAGAAGAUCUGGUGGACUGACUGGAGGUGGAUUAAGAGAGAAUGAAGCGAUUGCAAAAAUCAUCAGAGUUGAAGAAAGACGAAGACGAGAGGGGCAAAGCUCACCAGCUGCUCGAGUUUGA